UUGUAAAUAGAAAUGAUUCUCGCCAUUGAAAUUAUUUUAGAAGAUAUCGUCAGAAAUAAGAAAAAUAAAAACGAAAGUGGAGAUAAUAAUAAAUUUCAGUCAAAUUCGGCUCACAAAUCCAUUUCUAUUUCAGCCCAAAAAUCAUGAUCUAGCUAUAAUUUUGAAGAGUGGUGUUUUGAUUUUCCUCCAGUUCAGAAAUGGCCAUUUUCUCUCCUUCAUCCGCAUACCCUAAACCACUACCAUUUCCAACCCAAAACCCCUCUCCUCUCCCUUUCUCUAUCCAUCCCCUACGUCUCUCACUUCCUCCUUCGCCGCCCUGCACGAGUCCCACCACUCGCCUCCGCCGUUGCAACGCCGCGUUAUCUCCCCUACCGCCGCCUCAGUCCGACCCUCCUCCCGGAAAAGACCCCCAAGGUAUUGCAGCAACUCUCUCUCGGUUGCAGGAUCGUGUUCAGAUCUUCUUAGCUGUUCUUUUUUGGAUGUCUCUGUUCUUCUGGGCUUCUGUAUGGGAUGGAAAGAAUAAUGGUAGGGGUAGAUUGAACAAGGGAUCUCGAUUUAAAAGAUAAUGUAGAUCACUUGUACAUUUGGGAUGUUCAUGGGAUACAUAUGCUCAGGUUGCAUCAUGAAAGGUGAAAUGGGGGAGUCAUUGUCUAUUUCACAUGAAAAUCCAGAUGUCUCUCUACUAAAAGUACCGGAGAAGAUUUGUUAGAUUGUGCAUACUGGUCAAAUUAGAAUUAGGAUUGUUCCGGAAACAUUAAGAGAAGCAUGACCACACAGUCAAGUGAAAGGUGAUGAAAGAACAGGGGCAGUUGAGAUUCCUUGAGAAAACUUCUUGUUGGAGUAUUUGUUCCACGACUGCAAAAGAUGAUAAGAGUGACUUGCGAUAAUUUGCUGAUGGUUAUGAAGUAGGAAGAUUAUCUGUUCUGACUGGACUCCAGGCAGAGAACGGUUAUGCAGUCAUGCUAUUAUGCCUUUACUGAUGAUUUAUAUGUGUUUAUUUGAGACAGCUGAGAAUACAAUAUGACAUUAGCAAAUGCCACUAUCUUCUUAUUUAACCUUUGUCUAUUUAUUUUGUUACUAGCUGAGUCAUUUGAUUCUGCUGAAUCAUAUCAAUUAAAUAUCGAGCCAAUGUCAUGGAGCACAGACAGGUAUUAAAUAUUUUGUUUACAGUUCCUUGUUGUAUAACUUACUGUCUUGGUUCCUUGCAGUAUUUUUUCAAGAGUGUAGCCACACCAAAGAAGAAUGAAAUCGUGUUCAUUGCUCCAACUGGGGAAGAAAUUAAUAACAGGAAGCAAUUGCAGCAGUACCUGAAAUCACACCGUGGCAAUCCCUGCAGCAUCUGAGUUUGAUUGGGGCACUGGUGAGACCCCAAGAAGAUCUGCAAGAAUCAGCGAGAAGGCCAAGGCAACUCCUCCUGAAAAGGAGCCCCCAAGGAAGUGAAACCGAAAAUCAUCUGGUUCAAAGAAAGAUGAAACGGAAUAUGUUACUGAGGGUGAGGAUGAAGUUCAAAUGCAAGAUGCAGAGGGAACUGAAACGGAAAAUGCAAAGGAAGAAAAAAGAAAUGAUGGCACCGAAGAAAAUCAGGAUGAGAAUGGAGAUACGGAUCAAGAAGAAGCUGAUCGGAUGAAGUCAGCAGAUGCCAAUAUGGAGGAACUGCAACAGAGGAAGUCAACAAGGACAUAAAGUCCCAAGAGGAUGCCUAGGAAACCAAGAAUGGUGAUGAAGGAAAAGCUAGGGAAGCCCAGCACACACUGGAAGUUAAAGAGAAAGAACAUGGAGGGGCAGCAUUGAAGUACAAAGCUGCUGAAGAAGCUGGUUCCAGUGAAGUAUCUGAAAAUAGAAACAAUAAGGUUGAAGACGUGGCUGGAAAGAUGCCACAAACUGACUCAAAGAAAGAGAAUGCCCCGGGUCGCAAGGGCAUCCCAGAUAAUGUAGCGAUGAAUGUAGAUGGUGGAGCACAGGAGAAUACACAUGGAACUGUCUCUGCAUCUGAGGGAGAGAUCAAAGAGAAACUGGGUUUGUAGGAGGGCGAUGCAAAGUGUAGCAUUCCCAUGGAUGGGAAAGACAAGCCAGUGGAUGGGGAGAUCAUGGAAAAUGGAAAGGGUCUUAUGGCAUGCUUCAAGAACAAGAAUUGCAUUGUCAUCCAAAGGGUUUAUCUUUUUGACACUUUUGAGCUACAAAAAGGUUGGGCCAUACCCACUUCUUUUCUACAAAUGGAGUGCACUUUCCUUGAUCAUCUUUCCACCAGAAUUAUGGGUUUCUAUUCUUUCUUUCUAUGGCUCCUCCUCCUCUUCUCUGUCAUUUCUUCCAAUGUUUUCACAGUGUACGCAUUCAAGGGAACAUACGGAGUAAACUAUGGUAGGAUAGCAGAUAAUUUACCUUCACCACGCAGCGUGGUGACGCUUCUGAAAGCAGCCAAGAUUAAAAAUACCAGAAUCUACGACGCUGACCAUGAAGUCCUCAAGGCCUUCAAAGGCUCUGGCAUUGGAAUAAUAGUUGGACUUGGCAAUGGGUAUUUAAAAGAAAUAGCUGUAGGAGAGGAUCGCGCCAUGAAUUGGAUAAAGGAAAAUGUGCAGCCAUUCCUUCCUGGAACAAAUAUUGCUGGAAUAGCAGUGGGAAACGAGAUCUUGGGGGGCGAUGACCAUGAAUUAUGGGAGGUUUUACUGCCUGCGGUUAAAAAUGUUUAUGAUGCGCUUCGAAGGCUGGAUUUGACGAAGGUUGUCGAGGUUUCAAGCCCACAUUCAGAGGCCGUCUUCACCAAUUCCUUCCCACCAUCGUCGUGCGUUUUCAGGGAAGAUGUUUCUAUAUACAUGAAACCACUGUUGCAGUUCUUCUCACAGAUUGGCUCUCCUUUUUACAUAAAUGCCUACCCUUUUCUAGCCUACAAGAGUGAUCCUGAGCAUAUUGACAUAAACUAUGCUCUUUUCAAAUCAAAUAAGGGAAUUCUUGAUGCAAAGACUAAUCUGCAUUAUGAUAACAUGUUUGAGGCUCAGGUUGAUGCAGCUUACGCUGCAUUAGACAAGGCUGGGUUUCCCAAGAUGGAAGUCAUCGUUUCUGAAACAGGUUGGGCUUCUCGCGGGGAUGACAAUGAAGCAGGUGCCAGUUUAGAAAAUGCCAGGACUUACAAUCGUAAUCUGCGUAAACGGCUAGCUAAAAAGAAGGGAACACCAUACAGACCAAAGUUUGUGGCAAAAGCGUAUAUUUUUGCACUGUUCAACGAAAAUUUGAAGCCCGGGCCUACUUCUGAGAGGAACUUUGGAUUGUUUAAACCUGAUGGAAGCAUUUCUUAUGAUAUCGGAUUCACCGGGCUUAAGGAAUCCUCUGGAGUUUCAUCUUUUAUUCAUUUCAAGGUUAUUGGAGCAUAUGGUUGGUUGGGGUCAUCCUGUGCAUUGCUUCUUACAACUUGUAUCACACUUGUGCUCCUAAUCUCAGCUUCUUGAAAAGGCCAACGGUCUAGAAUUUGCUGAUGCACGUAGUUGUAACAUACUCGAUUCAUUUUCUAUUGUUCUGACAGUAAUUCUUGAAUCAAUUGAAAACGGAGAAUCUCAUGAGACAUGUAUAAAUAUCUUCAGUAAUGUAUCAUAAAUGAAUGAAUUCUUGAAUAAGGAAAAAAGGGCUCUGAUGUCGUUUCACCAUAA